UUCAUGUCAACUAGACAUAAAACAGGCACGAUUAAUAAUGCCGGCUAAGCGUAGACGUGGAGCUAAGGGCGUGGUGGGAAGAGGCCCCAAUAGGACAGAUGUCCUUCCUUCCACCUCAGGCAACUCCACGGAGCCCACUGCUGCAGCCUCCACCUCUCAGUCCACCCAGCGUGGACCCAUGAGGCCAGAGAGAACUUGCAGGCAGCAGCAAACCCAGGGCAACAUGGCUCCACCAGCUGCAGUCCCUGACAAAAGCAAGAGAAAGAGGGACUACAGCAAUGUGGGGUCAGCCCAGGAGACCUCUAGGGAGAACCUCGGUGCGGUGGACCCAUCAGUGCUGAAAAGGAGACGUGCUGAGCCCCGCACUACAAAGAGGCCGAGGAGGACCAACGCGCCACCCAACGAUGAAGCAUCCUUUAUCCGCAAAUACACCAUGGGAGACCUGCUUGGUAAAGGAGGGUGUGGAUGUGUUUGUGAAGGAAUCAGAAAUUCUGACGGAUUACAAGUUGCCAUCAAGCUCAUCCCUAAGGAGAAUGCAGGGGGUUAUAUAACUGUGCCUGACACCGGUGAACAGCUCCCUCUGGAGGUGGCCCUCAUGACCAUAGUGUCCAGGCCACCAGAGUGCCCUAACAUCCUCAAGCUCGUGGAAUGGUUUGCGUUGCCCACCAUGUUCAUUCUAAUCCUGGAGCGCCCCAUGCCCUGCAUGGAUUUAUACGAGUACUGCGAGACUUUGGGAGGUCGGCUCACUGAAAGCCAGGGGAAGCACAUCAUCCGCCAGGUGGUCCUUGCUUUGAAACACUGCCGUGACUGCAGCGUUUUACACCGUGACGUAAAGCAAGAAAACAUCCUGGUCAACACCGAUGAUGUGACGGUCAAGCUCAUUGACUUUGGCUGUGGGGAGCUGUUGAAAGAGGGCCCCUACAACGCCUUUGCUGGCACGGAGGCGUUUAGCCCACCCGAGUGGUGGCUGCACAACAGCUACCAGGGCCGUCCGGCCACCGUCUGGUCCCUGGGUGUGCUGCUCUACGUCCUCCUCUGUGGGGAGCUGCCAUUUGUGGACGACGUUGAGAUCGUCACCAGACGACUGCGUUGCAGGAGGGGUCUAUCCAGUGAAUGCCGUAAUCUUAUUCACUGGUGCUUGAAGAAAGACCCAUCCAAACGGCCAGUCCUGGAGGAAAUUCUCCAGCACAAGUGGCUCUCAGCCGACUAGGGUUAGGUUACAGCAAGGAGAGAGAGGAGGAACUGUAAGGCAAAUAAAGUCUAAUCGACAGUGAAUCAAAAUGUUACACAUUUCACAGAUGAAAAACAUUUUCUUCUUACCAUGUGUGUACGUGUUAUCUAACAUCUUUUCAUACAAAACCAGUGAGUGACAGGGAAGGAGGUUGCUUAAGGAACAGCAUCCCUUAAAGCCUCAGAACAUCUGGACAAGGAAAGCCAUGGGAAAUACCAUCUCCACAAGAACUGCAAGGAGGUGUAUUAGUUCACAAGAACACGUCUAACAUCUAAACAGUAUUCCUGUAAAAUUGUGGAGACUAAGCAGAGUUGGUGGGUUGAGACUUUGAGUCUCACUGAGCUCUCACAACCCUGCUGAGUCGAUAAUUGUUACAUGAAAAAGGCCCGCUGUAGAUGGAGCAGGCAGCAAAUACCAUCUCAUUUCCGGUGGGUUCAUCCAGCAAGUGUUUCCAAAAGAACAUUUACAUGAAGUAACAGAUUAUAAUGAUAUUUGGAUCAAAGGUUGGAUACGAGAUGAUACUAAGCACAUAGAUCAUACAUAAGAGCUACUCAUUGUAAAAAUCUUCUUUUUAAAGGCCUGCUCCCAUUACGAACACUCCCAUGAUUGACAAGGUUCAGUAGGGCUGGUUGAAUGCCACUGUCUCAGCCUUGCUCUCAGCUGCACACCGAGCCAGCAUGCCUGUGUCAAAAGUACCACGGACUGGGCCUGUUGUGGGAAGCACUGUUCAUUUCAUGAAAAAGAUCAUUUCAUGGACUGUUCCAGAAGGCUUCUCCCUGACAACCGUUGUUGUUCUCUCUCUCCACUGUAGCUGACCAC